CUCGGCGGCAGCGGAGCGGCCGGAGCGGUGGUGCAGAGCGGGGCUGCGCGGCGUGGCGCGGCGCGGCGCUGGGAGCGGCGGCGGCAGAGCCAGAGCAACAUGGCGCCGGUGGGCGGGGGCGGGCGCCCGGGCGUAGGGCCGGCCCGCGGGCGCCUCCUCCUGGCGGCGCCGGUGCUGCUGGUGCUGCUGUGGGCGCGGGGGGCCCGGGGCCAGGGCAGCCCCCAACAGGGAGCGAUCGUGGGCAUGAGGCUGGCGAGCUGCAACAAGUCGUGUGGGACGAACCCGGAUGGCAUCAUCUUCGUGUCCGAGGGCAGCACCGUGAACCUGAGGCUGUACGGCUACAGCCUGGGCAACAUCUCCGGGAACCUGAUCUCCUUCACCGAGGUGGACGAUGCCGAGACCCUCCACACGUCCACCAGCUGUCUCGAGCUCACCAAGGACCUGGUUGUCCAGCAGCUGGUGAACGUGAGCCGCGGGAACACGUCCGGCGUGCUGGUGGUGCUCACCAAGUUCCUCCGGAGGAGCGAGAACAUGAAGCUGUAUGCACUGUGCACCCGGGCCCAGCCCGACGGGCCCUGGCUGAAGUGGACCGACAAGGACUCACUGCUCUUCAUGGUGGAGGAGCCUGGGAGGUUCCUGCCUCUCUGGCUGCACAUCCUCCUCAUUACAGUGCUGCUGGUGCUGUCGGGCAUAUUUUCUGGCCUCAACCUCGGGCUUAUGGCCCUGGACCCUAUGGAGUUGCGCAUCGUGCAGAACUGUGGCACCGAGAAGGAGAGGCGCUAUGCCCGCAAGAUUGAGCCCAUCCGGCGCAAGGGCAACUACCUUCUCUGUUCGUUGCUCCUGGGGAAUGUGCUGGUCAACACCUCCCUCACCAUCCUUCUAGACAACCUCAUCGGGUCCGGCCUCAUGGCGGUGGCCUCCUCCACCAUUGGCAUUGUCAUCUUUGGGGAGAUCCUACCUCAGGCCCUGUGCUCCCGACACGGGCUGGCUGUGGGUGCCAACACCAUCAUUCUCACCAAAUUCUUUAUGCUGCUCACCUUCCCCCUCAGUUUUCCCAUCAGCAAGCUCCUGGACUUUUUUCUGGGCCAGGAGAUUCGCACUGUUUACAACCGGGAGAAGCUGAUGGAGAUGUUGAAGGUGACGGAGCCGUAUAAUGACCUCGUGAAAGAGGAGCUCAAUAUGAUCCAGGGUGCCCUGGAACUACGCACCAAAACCGUAGAGGAUAUCAUGACCCAGCUCCAGGACUGCUUCAUGAUCCGCAGUGAUGCUAUCCUGGACUUCAACACCAUGUCAGAGAUUAUGGAAAGCGGCUAUACCCGCAUCCCGGUGUUCGAAGAUGAGCAGUCCAAUAUUGUAGAUAUUCUCUACGUCAAAGACUUGGCCUUUGUGGACCCCGAUGACUGCACCCCGCUCAAGACAAUCACUCGCUUCUACAACCACCCAGUACACUUUGUCUUCCAUGACACCAAGUUGGAUGCCAUGCUGGAGGAGUUCAAGAAGGGGAAGUCCCACCUGGCCAUCGUGCAGAAGGUGAACAACGAGGGUGAGGGUGACCCCUUCUACGAGGUCCUGGGCCUGGUCACCCUGGAGGACGUGAUCGAGGAGAUCAUCAAGUCGGAGAUCCUGGAUGAGUCCGACAUGUACACUGACAACCGAAGCCGGAAGCGGGUGUCUGAGAAGAACAAGCGCGACUUCUCCGCCUUCAAGGAUACAGACAAUGAGCUCAAAGUGAAAAUCUCCCCGCAGCUCCUCCUGGCUGCUCAUCGCUUCCUAGCCACAGAGGUCCCCCAGUUUAGCCCCUCCCUGAUAUCAGAGAAGAUCCUGCUGCGGCUGCUCAAGUACCCGGAUGUCAUUCAGGAACUCAAGUUUGAUGAGCAUAAUAAGUACUACGCCCGCCAUUACCUGUACACCCGAAAUAAGCCGGCCGACUACUUCAUCCUCAUCCUGCAGGGGAAGGUGGAGGUGGAGGCAGGGAAGGAGAACAUGAAGUUUGAGACGGGUGCCUUUUCCUACUAUGGGACUAUGGCCCUGACCUCGGUCCCCUCCGCCUUCGGUCCUGGGGCGAGGUUGCUGCAGGGUAGAGAGAGAAAGUCCACUUUGGUGCUGGAGAACAGGCCACGCCAGUGGGUGCCUUCAGUCCAGGUCGGGUGUCCGCCUGGCAAGCGGAACUCCCUCCUCUGCUGGCUCACAGACCGUUCCCCAGCCCACCCCACCCCACUCAGCCGCUCAGCCUCCCUCAGUUACCCAGACCGCACGGACAUCUCAACUGCAUCAACCUUGGCAGGCAGCAGCAACCAGUUUGGCAGCUCCGUCCUGGGCCAGUACAUCUCUGACUUCAGCGUUCGGGCCCUUGUGGACUUGCAGUACAUCAAGAUCACUCGGCAGCAGUACCAGAACGGGCUGUUGGCCUCACGCAUGGAGAACAGCCCUCAGUUUCCCAUAGACGGGUGCACCACCCACAUGGAGAACUUGGCCGAGAAGUCUGAGCUGCCCGUGGUGGAUGAGACCACAACUCUUCUCAACGAGCGUAACUCCUUGCUGCACAAAGCCUCCCAUGAGAGUGCCAUCUGACAGGAGGGCCCGGGGCCCCCCGCCUACCCUGCGGGGGCCUCCCCAGUGGGCCCACAUGAAGAGAGGGAACCUGUUAGUCCAGAAAGGAUACAGAUAGAUAGCCUGUCUGACUGAGCAGCCAGAUGGCCCCCAGCCUGUGGGGGAUCUGGCCUCUGCCAGGGACCUCUGAGUAGUUCUGAGGUGGCACUGUCCAGCCCUGGAUAGGUGGGGCAGUGGGCCAGCUACCAUGAGCAAAGGCUGUUUUUUACUGAGAGUAUUUCUAAACUAGGCUCAUUGCUCUUCUUUUUAAAUAUCAUUUCGGGAAGGGAAGACAGGGUUAAGGAACUUUAUUUAAAUUUUUUUUUUUUCCUAAGAACUAUAAAAGAAGAAGGGUUUCUUGUCCUGGGAAGCAAUGGACAUGAUCUGCUCCCAGCCAUGGCCUUCCAGCUUGUGUCCCUGAUUGAGGGAGCUCUCCCUUCCACCUCAUCUUCCUCCUCCGGAGGUGGGAUCCCAGAGCCUGCCAGCGGAGGCUUAUCUCUUGGAAGGAAGACAGCUCUUCACAGGAAGCAAAGAACCAAAUGGCAUGGAGAUUAGCUGCCUGGGCACCUGCGCCGUAGCUUAUCUGACAAUGUUGAGGCCAAGAGCUCCUGGGUAGCUGUGAUCAGGGACGUGAUAAUCCGAGCUAUGGAGAGGAGCACAUCUGCUGUCAACCGCUGUACCCAGAAAUCUCCUAGAACUCUGCCGACAGCCUCUCCUGGUGAGUCAGGACUCGGCUGAGGACAGACACCUCCCCACCCUGCCUCCCAUCCAGCCCUUUGGACAACUGGCCCCUUUGUGACGGGGCAGACUCAAGUGUUAGGCAGGGUCUCAGGCCUUCGAUUGCUUACCCCUGCUCCCCAGGCCCUGCCCUCACUUUUACCAAAGGUUCCCCCUCGGCAGGAGGGCAUCGACGUUGGAGGUGACUUGUCUGGGUUCUUCCUUUUGGUUCCGGAAGGAACUGUCAGUCAUCGGCAUCUGCGUUGUUAGCAGUCAGUACUACCCCCGCCCCACAAUGAGAGUCAAGGCUGACUUGUUGACUGAAGCCUUUUUCCCAGAUUCCUUAUUUCGAUCCCCCAAGCCUCAGUCCCUCUUGGGGAUGGGGACAAGAGGACGUGUGGGAAGCCACAGAAGCAGGUUCUUUAUGUCCUUUCCUCUGCGGCUGGCAAGGCUCACCUGGCCUUCUCCACCCAUGUAUGGAACCUCAGGAGAGGACAGCUCCUCCUAAAGGCAUGCAGCUUGCAACCCUGCUUUCUCACAGGUGUGAUCCUAGUGUGGGAGGUCGUCCUGCCCUUGCUGAAGUUAGUAGUACUGUACCAAGAGCUCUGCCCCCAUGUGAACUGCUGCCCUGGCGCCUCUUCCCUGGGGCUGAAUCAGGCCCUGCUGCAGAACUCCAGGUUUCCCGGAGUCGGGGAGGCUGUGGGACCAAGGUCCACGUUGGCCCUUCUGCUGGGUGCAGCAGGAGCUGGGUCCUGAGAGCCUGGCCGGUGAAACUGCAGGCCUUCCGCCUGAGUAUUAUUUAUUCACUCCUUUCCUCACCCCAAGUGCCCUGCUCUCCAGGUGCCUAGAGAAUCCUAACUCUUAGGACCAGGGAUUGUCUUGCACCAAGUAUGCCUACCCCUGGCCAGUCUGAGGUCUCCUAGCCAUAGAACUGACUCCUGGAAGCCUGGAGAGAAGGUGGUGACACCCGUGGGUUCUCAACUGUAAGGAAAAAAGACACCAGACUUUUGUUCCCUAUUGGGGGAAAGCCCUUAGUCUUCUCCAGGAGCAGCUUGCUCCCGAGUCCUUUUGGAAGCUGGCAGAGCCCUGACAGCCAGGUGGAGCAGAAGACAUUGGUGGGGGUGUGGGAAGCAAAAGGGGCAGGUGUACACACCGCCACAGUGACCUCUGUGCACACGGUUACCACCAACUGGCCGACCCUCCUCUUCCCUGGCCCAUUGAUCAUCCCUUCUCACAGAGGGUCAUCAUCAUUUCCAAAUGUUGUUGGUCUGAUGACUUCCUCUUCCCAGUGCAAUUUUUCACUUCCUAUUUCAACCUCUGGUUCCUGGGAUGAGCCAUACCCUGGAACUGUCCCGUCCGCUGUGUCUUCUGUGUAAGGGAGACCUUUGCAAAUGGCAUCCAAAUGGGUAGGCAGGUCACAGCCGCCAUAUUUAUUUUGCAUAAUAUUUUAAUUUGUAUAUUUUUGUGAUUUAUUUUGGCGUUAUGAGUUUGACUCUCGGGGAGUUUUGUUGUUAUGACUCUUGUGUCUUUUGUCACAAAACAAUGAUAAUACUUGCUAAACGAUAUAUGGAAUUUAUUUUUGAUUGGUAAUAAAAAAUGAAAUAUGUAUAAA